AUGAUCUGAGAGUUCCCUCAGCUUGGAGGACGUUUUGGACACCGUAACUUCGAUCGAAAAGAAAAUCGAAGAUGCCGGUGAAUCCCGAGUUCCCGCAUUCCCACACGGGGGGCGUGAGGCCCAUGAAAAUUGAGGGUCGUUUCAGCAACCCCAGAGCUCGUAUGUCGGCUGAUUUCACUGAUGCUGAUCGUGCAUGGCGAGCUCAGUUCCUCAAGGAUCAGAUUCUAGCCCACGACGAGCCAAGAAACGUUCCAGAGUUGUACUAUGCCACCAAAAACGUUAUCCGGAGAUUCUAUCGCGCACCCUUCGACAUGUUCGAGAGGAUGAUCAUCCCUAGAGUAGGAACCGAAAAUGCUGCUCUUCUGCGCCGGAUCAUCCCGAAGACCCUCCUGGGCUAUACGCUGCUCGUGUGGGGCACCUACUGGGUCAAAUACAAUGGGAACGACUGGACGAGGAGAGGAUCAUGGACAUUCAAAACAGGAGACGGAGUGUGUCUCCCUUGUCACGAGGGUUACCCGAGAAAGAGACCUGAGAUGAAGCCCUCUGAUUACGAUUCCUUAUACUUCAAAGAUAGGAAGGUUCUUCUCGACCUUUAGUUUUUUUCGAAGUUGUUUUCGUUGAGAGGUUCGGCCUUCGCUGACAACGAAGGACGAGCAGGAGGAUUGGAGGCGAAAUAAACCUAAUGUAGUACCCACGGGAA